GAUUUGCAUUUACUUAUGAAGGGUGUUGACGCCGCAUAAAGUAUAUAUGUACUUUUGAUAGUGAUAAAGAAUUUAUAAAAUUAAAAAUAACUAAAAUAUUAAAGUGGCCCUUAAUAGCAUACGCUUUUAUGUUUUUAAUUUAUUAUAUUAUAAACGACAGUUAGAAAAAUGAACUUCUUAUUUGGAUUUAUCUGUAUAUUAUUUUUGGGUUUUAAUAGUGUUUCAUCUUCAAGAGUGUUAGAGUUAAGUGAUAAGUUUAUUGACAUCAGCAAAGAUGGAGUUUGGUUUGUUAAGUUUUAUGCUCCUUGGUGUGCUCACUGCCGAAGAAUUGAACCAAUAUGGGCUCAUGUAGCACAGGCUUUAUAUAAUAGCCCUAUAAAAGUUGCUAAAGUUGAUUGUACUCGGUUUAGUGCUGUUGCUACUCACUUUAAAGUGAGAGCCUUUCCAACCAUCAUGUUUAUAAAAGGACCAUUCUGGCAUGAAUAUUCUGGAGAAAGAGAAAAAGAAGACAUGGUAAAUUAUGCCAUGAGGAUGGCUCAACCAGCUGUUCAAGUUGUAUCUCAUACUGAAAGCUUUGCAUAUUUGAAAGAUUCACACAAUGUUUUCUUUGGAUAUAUUGGAAAACAGCAAGGACCUCUAUGGGAAAUGUUUACGACCAAUGCUGAGAAGUAUCAAGCUCAUAGUUGGUUUUAUGCCAUGUCUCAUGAGGUAGUAAAAAAUGACUUAAAGCCACCAAAUGAUACUGCUGUUUUUGUCCACAAAGACAAUGAGAUAAUAUAUUUUACAGCCACACCAGAAAUAAUCAAAGACAGGGAGACAUUAAACGUUACUCUCAAGAGAUGGGUAAAUUCAGAGAGAUUUGGGUUUUUCCCAAAGAUAUCAAGAUCUAACAUAAAUGAUUUAAUGGAUACUAAAAAAUAUAUUGUGAUAGCUGUUGUAUCAGAAAAUAAAUUAAAUGAAAUCACACAAACUGAACGAGACUUCAAGGAUAUGGUUGAGAGCAUUAUAAGAUCAAAGAAACAUGAGUUGCAUCAUCACUUCCAGUUUGGUUGGAUGGGAAAUCCGGAAUUAGCCAAUUCGAUAGCAAUGUCAGAGUUGGCGGUUCCAUAUUUGAUAGUACUCAACUCUACCACCAACCACCACCACAUUCCUGACGAUGACCCAGUUCUGAUGACUCCCGAAGCUGUUAUUUUGUUUCUUGAACAGAUACAUGAACAAACUGCACCUACUUAUGGCGGAAAUGGUUGGAUGGUGAGAUUCUAUAGAGGAUUCUUUGAAGCCAGAACAACUUUGAUAAACAUGUGGAGGGGAACCCAGUUCUCACUGCUCUCGUCUUUGGACUACCGCUUGGAUUUCUUUCCCUCAUUUGUUAUUCUAUAUGCUGUGCUGACAUUUUGGAUGCUGAUGAUGAGGAAAUUACUGAUACCCAUGAGAAGAAAGAUUAAAGAAGAAUAUAGUAGAUGCAACACUAAAUUAUUUUUUUUUGUAGUAAUAUUGUGAGGCUAUUGUUUGAUGUUACAUUAUAAAUAUUUAUUAACUUAAGUUUAACUUAUACAAUUUUGUAUACAUCUAUUGUGAGUAUAUGUAAUUAUGUAUGACCUCUAAACUAACAAUCCACCGUAUUUUGUCAGUUUAAACAAUUCUACAAUCAUUAGGAUAUUUCAUUACCUUCCCUUUUAAAAUUACGUCGAAAAAUUUAAAAAUGUAGAAUUUAUAAAGCUUAGAGUAUGCAUGAGACUUCAUAUUUAAAAAUAUAACUUAUAUUUUUUUUUUGUUCAUUAUCUCAUUUUUUAAAAAAAAGAACACCUUUAAAUACGAAUUACGAGUCAUGAUCAAAAAAUACUUAAUUACGUAUGUAGUUUUUAAAUGUAAUUUCGUAUAAUUCAUAUGCUUAGUCGAUAUUUUUAUAUAAGAACUUCAUAAAUAUUUAGAUAUGGGUCAUAAAGAGUUUUGUGUGUUAACUAGUAGGCUAUCAUUAUAUGGUUAUGUUUUACUUCGAUUAUUCUAACUAAAGGGACUUGUGGGAACGCUGUAAUGUAGAUUUUAGACUUGAAUUGUUUCUACUCGUAUUAUUAUUCCUUUUAAUAUUUAGUAUUAAGGCUAGUCAUACAAAGAUUUUAUAUAAUAUAACAAUUACCAUCGCCGUAGGUACUAAAGUUUUGAAAAUAAUAAAUUUGUUAUAGGUUAUUUGGAAGAACUUCAACGAACUGUUCUCUUGCUUCUUAUUUGGUUAUUUGGAAUUAAAAAAAAUCAGGUCUUGUGCAGUUAUUUGAGAAUCUGAUCAUUAAUUAAAUAAUUUAAAAUAAUAAUAUUAAGAUUCAUUAUACAGAAGUGUUCUUUUUGAUAACCUAUUCAAUUUCUAGUCUACAAAAUAAAUUAAUUCGAACUUUAAA